AAAGACUGCAUCAAAAUCUUUGUUUGACUUUUCUACUUGAAACAAACAAUGGCUGAAAUCAUUCUUUCUACCUUGCUCUCAAUUGUUGUUGAGAAGGUAGCCUCUGCAACCUUUAACAAGAUAUCUCACUCCAAAGAAAUUCAGUCCCACCUCAAGAAUUUGGAGACCUCAUUACCCAAGAUCCAAGCUCUACUUAACGAUGCAGCUGAGAAGGAAAUACAAGAUGAAAGAGUCAAAGAUUGGCUAAAUCGUCUCCAGCAUUUGGCUUAUGAUGCAGACGAUAUACUCGAUUCUUUGGCUACUGAUGAUGCUAUCGACCGUGACCUGACUCAAGAACCUGGUGUGGUCAGAAGGGUAAGAAAGCUCUUCAAUGCUACUUUCUCAUCAUCAGCUACUAGGAUACAGUCCUGCAAGCUAAAUGAUAUUAGCACCAAGUUGCAACAGCUAUGUGAUGAAAAAAAUGAUCUUGGUUUGACUGUUAAAGAUAAAAGGUCAAAAAAUGUAAACAGAAUUUACCAGACCUCUUUGUUUGAUUCACCGAAUAGUAUUGUUGGACGGGAAGUUGAAAAGGAGAUUAUUCUCAAGAUGCUAUUGGGUGAUGAACCGUGUGAUCAAAACAACUUUAGCGUCAUCCCGAUUGUCGGUAUGGGUGGGAUCGGAAAAACCACUCUUGCUAGACUUUUGUAUAACGAACCAAAAGUCAAGCAACAUUUUGAACUCAAGGCGUGGGUUUGUGUCUCGGAUGAGUUUGAUAGCUUCAAUAUAAGCAAAGUUAUCUAUGAAGCUACAGCUAGUGAAGAAAAGAAAGAGAAGAAAUUCCUUGAUCUAAACUUGCUUCAAGAAGCUCUUAGAAUUAAACUUGCGGGAAAACGAUUUCUACUAGUUUUGGACGACGUGUGGAGCGAAAAUAUCGAAGAUUGGAAUACCUUAGUGCCUCCAUUUCAUGCAGUGGCUCCUGGAAGUAAGAUUAUCAUCACGACUCGAAAGAAACAGUUGCUUCAGCAGUUAGGGAAGGAUAAUCCAUACCAUCUGAAUAAGUUGUCACCGGAAGAUGCUUUGUCGUUGUUUGCUCAGCAUUCACUGGGUGCAACUAACUUUAAUUCAUAUCCAACACUUAGAUUAUAUGGUGAGGGCAUUGUGCAAAAAUGUGAUGGCCUGCCUUUGGCUCUAAAAUCACUUGGAACUUCAUUGAAGACAAGAACAAAUGAAGAAGAUUGGAAGGAGCUAUUGGAUAGUAAGAUAUGGAGUUUAAAAGAUGAAGGCGGUAUUCUUCCUGCUCUUCGACUAAGCUACCAUGAGCUUUCUGCAAGUUUGAAGCAAAUGUUUGCAUACAGUUCCUUGUUCCCCAAAGAUUAUGUGUUUGAAAAGGAGGACUUGAUUUUGCUUUGGAUGGCGGAGGGGUUUUUGCACAAAUCAACUAUAGGCGAUCCAAUGGAAAUGGAACGCUUGGGUGAGAAAUAUUUUGAUGACUUGUUGUCAAAGUCGUUUUUCGAAUAUGUAGAUAGUGAUAAAUCGUUGUUUGUUAUGCAUGACCUCAUGAAUGAUCUAGCAACAUCUAUUGCUGGAAGUUUUUUUGUUAGGUUAGAUAUUGAAAUGAAGAAUAAAACUGAAGAACAAAGUGCAAAAAAGUACCGUCACAUGUCCUUUGUUCGUGAGAAAUUUAUGACCGGCAAAAAGUUUGAGGCAUUCAAAAGAGCAAAUAGUUUGAGAUCGUUUUUAGCAGUUCCGAUAGUGUCGAGAGCUAGGUGGGAGAAUUUUCAUUUACCGAAUAAGAUUUUGGUUGACAUUCUUCCUCAAUUACCAUUAUUAAGAGUUCUUUGUUUGAGUAAUACAUGGAUAGAUGAGGUACCUGAGUCCGUUGGCAAUUUAAAGCACCUGCGAUAUCUUAAUCUAUCUUACACUCCAAUCAAAUAUCUACCUGACAAUAUCUGUAAUCUUUAUAAUUUACAGACAUUGAUAGUGUUUGGUUGUUUAGAGUUGAGUAAGUUGCCCGCCAACUUUUCAAAGCUGAAAAAUCUACGACAUUUUGACAUUAGGGACACUCCGUCUUUGAUGAACAUGCCUUUAGGUAUUGGUGAGCUGAAAAGUCUACAAACUCUCACCAAGAUUAGCAUUGGGGGAGAAAACGAUUUCCCAAUAAGCGGGCUAAAGAACUUGAAGAAUCUUCGCCGGAGAGUUUGCAUCGAUGGGCUAGACAAUUUGCAAAAUAGUGAUCAAGCACGGGAGGUAAACCUGUCACAAAUGAAGCUUAGUGAGUUAGUGGUGAGAUGGAGUGAUGUGUUUGAUGGCUCUCGAAAUCAAAGACUUGAAAAGGAGGUCCUGGAUGUGCUUAAGCCUCAUAGAGAUAACUUCAAAAAUGUUGAAAUUAUGUCAUAUGGGGGUACAGAGUUUCCUGAAUGGGUUGGGGAUUCCUUGUUUUGUAAAUUGAUUGUUGUUCGUAUGUACAAAUGUAGAAAUUGUGUGUUUCUGCCAACACUUGGGCAGCUGCCAUCACUAAAGAAGUUGUAUAUAGAAAGCAUGGAUGGUGUGAAAGAGGUAAGUUCAGAGUUGCUCGGGAAUGGUCCUGCAACAUUCCCUUCACUUCAAUUUCUAAGAUUUGAAAUGAUGCCAUUGUGGAAAGUAUGGUCAAUCAAUGCAGUGGGUGUUGCAGUGUUUCCAUGCCUUAAAGAGCUUCAUAUAAGCAACUGUCCUAAUAUGGCACGAUGGGAGGUGUGGUCAGCAGAUACCGAUGUUGGAGUGUUUCCAUGCCUUGAAAAGCUUUGGAUAGAUAAUUGUCCUAACUUGGUAAAAGUAUCACUGGAAGUACUACCCAUGUUGAAGAAUUUAAAUGUGUUGAAUUGUCGUGAUGCUUUGUUGAGAAGUCUGGUUAGUGUAGCUUCAUCAGUCACACACUUCAGUAUAUCCAGUAUAUUAGGACUUAGUGAUGAGGUGUGGGGAGGUGUUGUACAAUAUCUUGGGGGAGUGGAAGAGUUAAGAAUUGAGAAGUGUAAAGAAAUAAGAAAUUUAAGUGAAAUAAGUAGGCGUGAGAAAUUCGUGAGAAUAGGAGGAGAGAAAAAGGAGGAAGGGAGCAACCUCCUCCCAACAUCUAUUAGGAUGUUAAAGAUAUGGGGUUGUAAGAAUCUAAAGCAUUUGAGUUGUCCAGACACCAUUGAAACCUUGGAUAUCCAUAAUUGUGAGAAUCUCGAGCAUUUGAGUUGUCCAGUUAAUAGCAUUCAAGAGUUAAAGAUCUGGGAUUGUAGGUCAGUUACAUCUGUCUCUUUCCGAACAGAAGGAGGAGGAUGGCAAAAACUUAAGUCACUUGAUAUAUGGGGGUGUAACUCAGAAUUGGAGAAGGAAUUAGAAAAGCAGCUGUUAAUAAUAAUCAACUCCACAAACAUGAUGCCAAUUCUUGAAGUUUUACGCAUACACAACUGGAAAGAUCUGAAAUCAAUAGCAAGAUUUACUUGUUUGUUUGAGCUCACCACAUUGGUAAUAGAAGAUUGUGAGAGAAUAGAGUCCUUUCCCAAUUUUCAUAAUCUCACCUUGUUAAAGCAUCUGAGAAUUGCAUAUUGUCCAAGUUUGGAUGGUCCUCCUUCUCUUACAAGUGGUAGUGGAGCUCUAAGUGGGAUUUGGCCUCCUAAAUUGGAUUCCCUAAGUAUGGGGAAGUUGAAGAGGCCCAUAUCAGAAUGGGGUCCACUCCCAACCUCACUCAUUGAACUAAAGUUAUGGGGUGGAUUUGGAUCAUCACUUGAAGAUGAAGAAGACGUCAAGAGUUUCCCACCCUUACUUCUUCCUUAUUCAUUAUCAUCAUCCCUUACCCGGCUUCUAUUAUUUGAUUUUAAGAAAAUGGAAAGAAUAUCCUCAGAGGGACUCCAACAUCUCUCCUCUCUCCAACAUCUCACCAUUUCUAGUUGCCCAAAGAUAAAAGAUCUUCCUAAAAGACUGUUGUCUUCACUUUUGAGUUUAGAAAUCCUUUAUUGCGAUGAACUAAAAGAAAAGAUGAUGAGUAAAAGAGGCUCCUAUUGGCACCUUAUCUCCCAUAUCCCUCAAGUCGACAUAAACUAGUUAAAUGUAUUCCCCUAUUUGCAGCCUUUGACUCCUUUUAGCUUGUUUUUUUUUUUCACCAAUACAAUUAAUGAUAAUACCUACUUUCACACUCUUGGAUAGUUCUUACUCUAAGAGUUCCAAAGUCUAGUGCUAUCAAGAAAGAAAUCAGAGUUAGUUUUACCUGCAGAGAAGCUUUGUUUCUAGUCCUCCAAGUUUUGUAUUAUCAUACCAUAUGGUUCUAUUUUUCAGCAGACAAGUAUGCAAGGAGAAGUAGUUGGACUGGCCACAGGGUGCGACCUCAGAAUCUGAGUACAGAAGCGGUUUGGAAGCUACGUCGUCUUCAGUCAGGACUAUGGUUGUGCUUGCUGCUCCUUGCAGACCAUCAUUUCAUGGUGUAGAAUCCAACAAUACAGGUCGAUUAAUGUUCUUUCACACGGGUAUGACUUGCAUUAUAAACCAAAGGGAUAAUGACACCGAACUGUAACCAACUAUGACCAAAUGGUUAUGUGAUGUAGUGAUCUAUUAGACUAGCUAUGUGAUGUAUGUACUUCCAGUUAGUCAUAUUCUAGGAAAUUACUUCCUUAAAAAAAAUGUAUACUAGCUGUUAUUUAUCUAAAAAGAAGCUGAGUUGUGGUUACUUUCAUUCAUUCAGGGAAUUACAACAGUAACUUGUAUAUAUUGGGGGUAAAGAAUCUUCAUGAACUAAGCAGCUUUACUUUGGAUAAACUCCUUGGUGGUGUAAAUUUGCUUGUUGACUCAUGCAUGUUCUGCAACAUUUGACUACUUUUAAAUCUAGUUGAUGUAAGCUGCAAGGUGAUAAAGGUAAGAUCAGGAUGUAAAUUACCUUGAGAGAGAUCCGGAUGGACCUAAGGAACACCCGACAAAUGAUCGGUGAGUGAGGCAUCCCUUCUAAUCAUCAUUUUCAACAUAAAGUGUGUUUGGAUAUGAUGACGAGUGACAAUAUCAAUCGUGGAGGUAUGAAGAUUCGAUAGAGCAUCCGGACCUAAGACACUAAGACAGCAUCAUCUUCCUAAACCACUUAGCUUCCUCACCGCGGCUUGUAUGCAAACACUUACAAAAAAAGUGUUUGCUCUCGCUUCUCAUUCCCAAACAGAAAUUUGUUCCCUUGAGAAGAUAACUAUACGGUCACCAAGCAAAGAUGUUCUGAACACCAAAGGACUACCAUAUAUCGUCAUUCUCUCACUUACAAAUCUUUCCGGGUUUCAGGCGGAAGAUUCUUCGUAGUUUCUAUUUUGUUACGACAGUUCUUGCUGCAAAAGAGUUUUAAAAUCUAAUACUUGAUUUUGGUAGUAGGACACAUGACCGUGAGGGACAGAGCUAUGUAUAUAUAGUAUCAACAAAUCAUUAUCAUGCUCCUGAAGUCAUGUUAGGUUGUUAGUUUACCCAUAUGAUUUUGAAAGUACAGUUUCUAUUUGAAUUUACGAAAGAGUUUGUUUUGAUAUGUAAAGAUUUGUUUUGAAUUACCUUUUUGUAUUGAACAUUAAACUUUGCAUAAUGGUACAGGUAUAAUUUCAAACA